AAAAAUGAAGCUGUUGAACGUCAUCAUUAGAGAAAUCCUUCUGUACAUUGAGUUUGAAGAUAUUAUAAAAACCCAACUUUAUCUGGUAGAUAAGCAAUUUUACCACAAUAUAAUCCAAGAUAAUGAACUAUUGAGAAGAAUAUUAUUCAAUCAAGUUGCAUUGGUCUUAGAUUAUGAGAAAGAACUCAAGUAUCAGAGACUGUUAAACCAAAAGCAUGAUAUUUCACAAAGUGAAGAUAUAAACCUAGUGAAAUUUUAUGAAGAUCCUGAUAGUCAACUUCUCUCAAUCCUAAUGAAACUUAAAAACACACAAAAACUUCUGAGCGUCUGUCACAGAUCAACAGGCGGCCACGAGGAUGGUCAACCAAAAGUUGGGAAUAUAUUUGAAGCUGUGUCUGGAUAUAAAAACCAAGCUUAUUCCGCUGAACAAAUCUAUUAUCCAAAUGGGCUCUACUGAAUAACUGGGUCUCCUUAUCAUCAAGUUAAUGAGAAUCUUCCUCAAUUGAAGAUUCUUGUUGACAAUCUAUGGGAUAGCUUGAAAUCAAAAGAUAUUUGCAAUGAAGGAUUUGUAGUAGAGGUUGAUCAAAUUAGAGCUAAUCUUGAGAAAUCAACUCAAGGAGAUAAGGAUAUAGAGAAAGCACUUGAAUCUCUCCAAACCCUAUUUUGCAACAAGAUGAAUAGACAGCUCACAUAUAAUGAUUUAGAAUAUGUAGCUCAUGACAAGUCAGAUGCUGCAAGGAGAAAUUUUGGACAUUUAGAGGAUCACAACAAAAUUAUUGAAUACAACACAAAGGGGUAUGAUCAUUUGAUUAGACAGAACUUGUUUAUCAUUAACAAAGUCACAUCCAUGAAGAUGAUAGGUUGCUGUUGCCCAGCAAAAGCUUUUGCAAUCCUCGUUCACGACACUCAAAUAAACUGUGAAGACCAUCCUUUAGCCCUGAUGAUUAAGAAGGUCUAUGAAUUAUCAGGAUGGACACACAAAAAGCCUCUCAUUGAUGUGAACACUUUACAUGGUUUUAAUGAAGAUUCUGACUUCAGUACUCCUGAGAGUAGUGAGCCUGACGAUGAUUUGUUGGAGUAUUACAAGGAAGAAACUAAAGAAAUUCAACAGAUUGAAAAUAACUUUUCUGAAGCUACUCUAACGACCAAAAUUGAAGAUAGUUUCAAAUCCUUUGUUACUACUUUUGAGAAAUUCUCUGAGUCCGGUCUGAUCCCAAAGGUUGUCAAUUCAAAGGACAGAUGGAUGGAGUUUGACCAGAAGUUUUACUCUAAAAAGUUUGAUUCUAAGCACAUCAAUGAAGAGCAAAAGUUUGACCUAACAAAUUCUGGUCUAAAAGAAAAUGAUAUCAAAAAGAUCACUGAACUUUACCAAGAUUUAGACUCUGAAACUGACUUCUACAGGCUUAGAUUAGCUGCCAUUGGAUAUGAUUUAGCCUCCUUAAAGAAGCAAUAUGAGUACAGCUUUAAGCAGUUGAUUGCUGGAAGAUUUGUCACGAUUUUAGCUCUGGACAUUCAUAAUGUUAUGGAUGUUCCUCCAAACAUUGAUUUUGCAGGGAUUCUCUUUUCAGGAAGGUUUGUUCCCAGUAUCCUAAAAUUCUCUGAAUAAUCAAUACUCAAUCG